AUAAAAAGUAUCAGUUAUAUUUCUUCAACCUACAAAAUGAAAUCCUUCGCUUUGAUUGUCCUGUUGGCUCCAGGCUUGCUCUGCAACGUCAUUAAAUCCAGAGAUAUUUUCUCAACUGUGACCAAAGAUGCAGUGCAUACUCCACAGAUCCUUCCAGGAGUAAUUAACAUCCGCCCAGAAACCAAACCAGCUGUUCUUCCCGUUAUUCCAGAAACCAGACCAAUCAUCAUCCCAGAAACUAAACCAGUGCCUAUUGAAGACAUCGUAGUUCCGGAAACCAAACCAAUCAUCAUCCCAGAAACUAAACCAGUGCCUAUUGAAGACAUAGUAGUUCCGGAAACCAAACCAUUGCCAGCUGUAGAAGAUGCAUUUGCCCAGAUUGUUUCCGUCACCGACGAUGAUGUCUGCUUCGAUCUUGCUUUCGUCAACGAACUGAUAUCGUUGGUCUACUAUAGAACCGUUGAAGGAAACAUCUUGACUUUCUAAAUGAUUAAAUUACCUAUUGUAUGAAAAUAAACAUUAAUAAUACGCAAUA